UUUAUCGGAGCCGCGCUUCCUGGUCACGGUGAAUCUCGGCUAACUGUUAGCUCCCUCGGUCCUCCGGUUCACGUUCAUCCCGGCGGCUCCUCCAGUUGGUGACAAACGGACGCUGACAUCCAGACUGUCGCGGUAAAUCCUCCGGGAUGUCCUUCCGGGAGAAGCCGGCCCCCGGCAGGCUGCUGCUGGACGACACGGUGCCGCUGACGGCGGUGAUCGAAGCCAGCCAGAACCUGCAGUCCCACACGGAGUACAUCAUCCGAGUGCAGAGGGGCGUGUCUUCAGACAACAGCUGGCAGGUGAUUCGACGCUACAGCGACUUCGACGUCCUCAACAGCAGCCUGAUGGUUUGCGGCAUCAGCCUCCCUCUUCCUCCUAAGAAGCUGAUAGGAAACAUGGACAGAGAGUUCAUAGCAGAGAGGCAGCGAGGACUCCAGACCUACCUGGACUCCAUUACCCAGCAUCCCCUGCUCUGCAGCUCCCUGACCGUCAAGAAGUUCCUGGACCCCAACAACUACUCAGCCAACUACACAGAAAUCGCCCUGCAGCAGGUUUCCAUGUUCUUCAGGUCGGACCUGAAGUGGGAGGUUCUGGAGCCUCUCAGAGACAUCGGCUGGAGGAUCAGAAAGAAAUACUUCUUAAUUAAAAACAAAGAGCAGCCCAAAGAGAGAUAUCUGCUGAGCUGGAUGGAUCUGGGUCCUGAUAAGUUCCUGUCAGAUAAAGACCUUCAGUCUGCUAUGAAGCUGUUCACCAGCCUGUCUACGCCUUAUCUCUGUCCGCUGUUGUUCUCCAGCACCAGCGAAUCUUCAGCUCUGCUCAUCAGACCCUUCAGUGAGAGAGGAUCUCUGAGGGACCACAUCUGUAAGGUGAAGCCCAGAGAGAGUUACCUGAAGAAGUACUGCAACCCGAAGAAGAGUCAAGGCCUGGAGCUGCCACACAUCAAGCUGUACGGCCGUCAGAUCCUGGAGGCCCUGAAGCUCCUCCAGGAUGGCGGCGUGUUUUACGGCCACCUGCACACGUCCAACGUCAUCGUGGACGAAGGCGUGUGUCGACUUAUGGACGUGGAGAACGGCAUGCUGGGAGUUCCCUCAGCGCUGCGACCGGCCUUCACCCAGCUCAGGAAGAUCAACACCACAGAGAGCAUCGACGUCUUCUGCUUUGGACAUUUACUGUACGAGAUGACGUACGGCCGACCGCCCGACAGCGUCCCCGUAGAUCAGUUUCCUGAUGCCCCCUACACAGCUGUGGUGUCGGUGCUGCAGUCCAUCCUGUCCACAGAAGCUUGUAAGAGCGGCAUGCCCACGCUGUCGCAGCUCAUCCAGUCACCACUCUUCAGUGACGUCCGGCUCCAACACUCAGAGAAACUCCAGAUCAAGGUUCCCAGUCGGCUAAAGGAGGCGCUGAAAACAGCGAAGGAGAGUCUGGAGAAAAGACUGCAUGAGGAGCAGAGACUGCUCCACCAGCACCGGAGGCUGACCAGAGCUCAGUCUCACCAUGGCUCAGAGGAGGAGAGGAAGAGGAGGAAGAUCCUGGCGAGGAAGAAGUCCAGACAGUCGGCUUAUGAAAAUGAAGAGGACGUCUCCGUCAGAAACAACAAUAACUCUGGUUCUGGAGCCAGCUCUCCUCCCACAUGUCCUUCCUCCCCCACACCUCCAUCCACCACAGGAUCUCAUGCUGCUCCUCCUCCACCUCCACCACCACCUCCUCCUGCUAUGCUGGACUCUUCCUCUCCUCCUCCUCUUCCUCAGUCCUCUGAUGGAGCAGGAGGAGGUCGCGCCGCCUUGCUGAGCUCCAUCCAGACCUUCAGUAAAGGCAAACUGAAGAAGGCCGACACCGUUGACCGAAGCCAACCCGUCAUCUGACCCCGUCUGCUGAUCUGGACCUCCCCGAGAUGUGAAAAUGAAUCACUAACAACAACAAAAAAAAAAGUCCAAGUACCAUUUUUAGGUUUUAUCGCUGUUCCUGCUUUUUCUGCUUUUAAGUUUUUGUUUUUUUCAAUCCGUUGCUGUGGUUGAAGAGACGCGAGGAUGGGUGGGAAAUGGUCGCCUCGUUCUACCCUUUCAAACUCUCUUCGUGUUUAAGAAACAGCUCCGAAACUGAAAAUGAAUCUUUUUUCUUCUGGUCGGCCCGCUGGCUUCACUUCUUCUGUUCUUUGGGCUCAUAAACGUAGCGGUGGAACAUGGGAGUUAUGAAACUCUGGAGCCACUGUGGAUGUGGAGUUUAGUUUCAGUUGACGCUGAGCAGACAAACCGGGACAAACUUCAGCUUCCCUUCUUUGAAAUGAUCUCUAAUAUUUGACUUGUAGCCUGAGAACUCUGCUGAGACUGUUUCACUGCAAAAAAUCACCAUCAACAAGUCAUUUCCAUCUGUAUUAAAGUCCCAAAAUCAUCACAAAGAGAGCAAAAAAAUCUGCCAGUGCAGCAUUUUGAUAAAAAUCAGCAUCUUAAUUUUCCAAUUUUCCAGAAAAAAGCAAAAAGAAACCGAGGGAAGUUGUUGCAUUUGAAGCAAAAAUGUUAAAACUUGAUGCUAGAAGUACUUGCAAAUAAUUUUGCAUUGCUCUCACCAAACUGCACAUUUAUUGUAUUACUCAGAAUACAGACAAAACUGACUUGAUGAGGAGGGUUUUAGUUGCAGUUUGUCUGAACAGGCGAGUUAGAAUCCGACCUGCUCUUCUUCUGUCCUGCAUUUGUCUCAGUUCUGAACACGAAGAACGUCCACGUUUUCAUCUAAAAGAGCAGCAGAAGAUUCCAUGAAGCAGCUAAAAACGAAGCUACAGUACCGUGCGCUUUCAUCCAAGUGUUUGUUUGCACACUUUCUAUUUGCACAUUAAAAAAAAACAAGAUGAGGGGAAAAUGUACAAACAUGAACUAUUAGCCAGUGUGUCUAUAAAAACAGAUUAGUGGAGGAUGGAUUUAAUGAAUCACGUGACUUAAACGACCAUGGAAAAGAUAAAAACAUCAUCUGUGUGGAGCGGAUAGAAAACUACAUUGACUGGAUUUCAUUUAAUUUUCUCUUUGCGUCUCUUCUGGCGGUUUAUUCCCCAACUCCUAAUAUUUAAAUACAGCACAGAAAGUUGUAGUUUUUUUACCCCAAUUUUCUGGAAAUCUUGUCCGAUAGAUGCCUUGUUAAAGAAGGAUAUAAACAAUCAGAAUAUAAACCCAAUCCGAUCUUAAAGCCGUCCAAAUUCAGGAGACGUUCAGGUUUUACUGAAGAAAAUAUUACAGCUGAGCAGCGAGCAGAUCAGUUUUGGUUGUAUUUAGGGUCUGAAAUUAAUCCAAAAUGACGCUUUUCUUCACAGCGACUGCAGCAGGAGAUUAAUAAAACAUGACUAGCAGUAUGGAAGGUUUAGCUUCUGUGCAGCAGAAUUAUAUUUUCCAAUGUCCUGUAAAUGUUUAGACACACAUACUGCUGCUUUUUUUUAGCCCAUUAACUUCAAAUUUAUACUUUAAACUGAAUAAUUUUUAAUCAAGUUUUGUUCCGUCCCAAAAGCUAUCGAUAUCAGUUCAGUUGCUAUGAAAACUUACUUAAAAUUACAUUGUACUCAAGUUUUAAAGUCCUGAUUGACAUCAGAGAGUACUGGGAUGAACCAAGAUGGGGAGAUGAAGCCGUUCCUGCUCAGACCUGCAGUAAUGUGAUGUAAUAAACCAACAGAAAUCUGCUAAAGUCCUCAGAGACGUAUAAAGAAGGAAACCAGUCACAUCCUUGUUCUUCAUUCAGUUAAAUCUCAGCUGACAGGAACACUAGAGAACACUCAAACCCUCCACAGAGCUUCACGUGACGCCGUUCAGGGUUAACCUCACACCCAGGUUGCUGAUAUUUUUAUUUUGUUUUAAUUCAUUUGUGUUUUAAUGUCCGUCAAAGUGAGAUUUGUUUAUUUUAUUGUGCCAUGUGGGUCGCUGUGCCUAUGGAAGUCUGAAUGUUUUUUUGUUUUAUUGUAUGUGACAAUAUGAUGCCGAUGAUGUAUGUAAGGAGCUCUGGUGGUGAGGACGCUAACGCUUCAGCACACAGCUUUACGUGGUAUUUUACAGCCUGUAAGAUGAGACAUCCUCACUGGGAUGCCUUUGGAUUAUUUAGUUUGACCAACAGUUCAAAAAAUAUUCCAUCUGAAAGGAUACGAAAAGCGACAUCGUUUAGCUUUCUUUUUCUUCACCGUUCAAAGUCAAAUCAAAAGUCCAGAUCAAGUUUCGUCUGAUUAUUUUAAAGAUCUUGACAUUUAAACUGUAAACAAACCAGCUCAGGGUCCUUUUAGUAGCUGCUCUGGAGCUUUCAGUUGUAACACAAGAUGUAUUUCGAUAAGAUAUUCUGUAAAUCGAACCAAAGCUCCAUAAAAAGCUACUAAACGGACUUUGCUGUGAGUUUGUUUGCCAUAGUUGAGGUUGAAUAUUUAAUCUCAAGUCUUUACUGGAUGUAAACUUCAAGUGAAAGAGUCUUGAAGAAAUAGUUCAACAUUUUCAGAAAGAUGCUUUUCUGCUUUCUUCUUAUGUUUGCUAAACCUGCAGUGCCAAUUUUUUUGUCUCCCCCUGCUGGCAGUGAGAGUCAUUACAAAAACACUGUUGAUGAACGAUUAUGCCUUCUUCAGACAGUUUCUUCUCUUAUCUGGAGCAUCGGAAACCUUUAGUUGGCACUUCCUGGGUUUUCCCAUCAUGCUCCUUCUUGCCUUUCUCAGUUCCAUAAAAAAACAGUCACUAGCAGUUGGUAUAAAAGACAUCGCUGCUGGUUCACCAGUUCAGGAAUCUCACGACAGAUGCCAGAUUUAAGACUCAGAUAUACUGAAAUAUAGAGGGAUUUAUGUGGAGCUGAUGGGUUUGAGCUCAUCUGGCUUGAAUGUUCAUUUGUAUGCAAAAGUCUCCUGCUUUAAAUACAUCUACACCUAAUUAGCUUAGCUUGGUACAAAAAAUGGAAGUCGGGUAAACAGUUGGCGAAACUCAAUCUGGAAAAAACACAAAGCUGCCAAACAGAAACUCCAAACUGAAACGUGAUAAUGAAACGAGAUCCGACGUGUUUAAUUUGUGAUCUAGAUCUUGCUAAAACUGUUUGCUCCAGUGUUUAUGCUAAGCUAAACUAGCUGGCUACAGAUUUUUAUUUUAUUUUUAUAUAUAUUUACUGGUCAGAUGUAAAAGUGGUACCAAUCUUCCAUUUUUCCACCACAAACACGACACCACAAAGGGUCGACUGCAGCAGUAAAACACCUGAAGAUAGCGUAGGAACUUAUUUUUGGCAAAAUUACAGCUGUUUUUUCCCCAAACCUUUGGUCCUGCAUUCAUAGGGAUGUGACCAUGGUUACCCUUUCACUGCUGCAAUAUUCAACAUCAGCAGGAUUAUUCUCAAACAAACAUUGUUUAGGGAAGGUUUGAGGAACAUGACCAAGAGUUCAAGGAGUUGAUUCGACCUCCAGACUCACCAGAUCUCAGUCCGAUGGUUCUGUAAAAACAAGUCCGGUUCGUGGAAGCUUCAUUUUAGUUUCAAGGAUCUGGCAAAAUUCUAUAUUUUUUCAAGUAUUUUGAGAUUAAAAAUAUUCUUGAGAUUAAAACUCUGUAGCCACUGUAAUAACUGUAUACUUUGAACUCGAGUUUUGAGUUCACCUGACCCGCUGUUUGCUGGAGUGUUGGCGAACAGAGCAGCUGCUGGAGCCGAUGGUGUUGGGAAUAUUGAAUUCGGGUGAAUCCUGCAGCCUGAAAGAAAACCAAGUUUUGGCGCUCCAAGCUCAAAUCAGUCUUUAUUAUUCAGUGCAAUCCGGCCCGAUGCAAGCGGUCUUUAAAUCGUAGGAGAAUGUCUCUCUGCAGCACUUUAGAGGGGUGGAUGAGCGGUCCAGUGGCGCGUUUUGUGUUCAUGAAAACAGUUUGCAGAAUAACCUCAGAAGCAGCGUCUGAUUAUUUUGGUGUGAAAAAGCUCUGAAAUCUGCAGGUUUUAGGAGUGUUUGCUGCAGCUGCAAAAAGUCUUCAUCAACAUGGAAAUAAAAAAAAAAUAAAUCAAGCGACACUGCUGUGAUGAAAUGAUUCCUGUAUCAAUAAAUAUUUGAUUAAAAAAUG